AUGUCACCACCUCAACUUGAAUUCCCCUCAACAGGGCCAUCCAUUUUCUCCCUCAUCGCCAAAUCACCACCGGAAAUCAAUACACAAAUCUUCUCCCACCUCACCAACAGCGACCUCAAAAUCCUGCGUCUUACAAACACAUACCUUGCAAACCUCGUCGGACCUCACAUCCGCUUUAAAAGAGCCUACAUAUCCGCCAACGCCCGGGACAUUGAAGUCUUCCGGGCCGUCGCAGAACACGAAACAUUCCGCCACCGCGAAAUGGAGUCCGGGUACGAGGAGCGCCACUACUACGAAGACUUGUUAUCCGAGGACGAGACGCCUCCCCCAGGCGUUCCUUUCUGGUUCUUUCGGGCUUGCCAGGAGAACGUCGAGUACCUGGACUACCGACGGGGCAAAGAUGUCAGGACGAUACCGCAGCACGUGGAGACUGCGCAACAGCUCGCGAGCGCGCUCUCACCGCUAGAAGCAUAUAAAUACUACCAGGGCCUUCUCGAACAGCGGGACAAAGUGCUAGCCGCAUCAUCUGACAUGGCCGCUUUCGAAUGGGCCAUCGAAAACGACAAGUUCCCAAAUCUACAGAGAAUAACGCUUACGCCAGCGGCACACGGCAUACUCUUCAAACCGCUCUACCAAACACCGUUAAUUCGCUCGUUUCCGUACGGUUUCAACUACCCGCUCCCCCGCGGGUGGCCUACACCCAACGACGGAUCCAGAAUCGGCUGCGAGAACUGGGAGAACGGGGCGAUAAAGAACAAGUGGCGCGGAAACCGCGCCGUCACUCCGCGUUCUCUCCAAACAGCAGCAUACCAAAGUUCCGGAACUGAUUAA